AUGGCUGCAGGAAAGAAGUCAGAGUCUGUAGAAAGUAAGAAACGUAAGAAGAGCAAAAGUAAGACACCGGAGGAGAACCAUGCGGAGAACGGGAUUAGCGAGCAGCCGGGGCCCAGUGGCGGCGGCGGGGAGGAGAAGCAGCAGGGGGCGCUCUUCCCUCCUACAUUCUCAGUGUCUGAGAUCAAGAACAAGCAGCGGCGACACUUCAUGUUCCUGAAGUAUAAGCUGGAGAAGAGGAAGGAGAAGCUUGCUCUAAGGAAGAAACGUAAGAAGGAAAGGGCGGCACUCGGGGACAAGGCUCCACCAAAAGCUGUUCCUAAAACCAUUGAAAAUCAGCGAGUCCAUGAUGAAACAACAGUUGAUCCAGAGGAUGAGGAGGUGGCUUAUGAUGAAGCUACAGAUGAGUUUGCUCCUUAUUUUAACAAACAGAUGACACCCAAGAUCCUGAUUACGACAUCUGACCGGCCCCGUGGUCGUUCAGUGCGGUUUACAGAGCAGCUAUCGUCUAUUAUACCCAACUCGCACGUGUAUUACAGGAGGGGCCUCGCACUGAAGAAGAUUAUCCCACAGUGUAUAGCAAAAGAUUUCACAGACCUCAUCAUCAUCAACGAAGAUCGAAAAGUUCCAAAUGGACUUGUGCUCUGUCAUCUGCCUAAUGGGCCAACAGCUCAUUUCAAGUUGAGUAACGCACGUCUGCGCAAAGAAAUCAAGAGAAAAGGAAAGGAACCAACGGAGCACAAACCAGAAGUCAUAUUAAAUAACUUCUCCACCCGCCUGGGUCACUCCAUCGGUCGCAUGUUUGCCUCGCUCUUUCCGCACGAUCCCCAGUUUAUAGGAAGACAGGUGGCCACUUUCCACAACCAGCGAGAUUACAUCUUUUUCCGAUACCACAGAUACAUUUUCAAGAGUGAAAAGAGAGUGGGAAUGCAGGAGCUUGGACCCAGAUUUACAUUGAAGCUGAGGUCUCUUCAGAAGGGAACAUUCGAUUCGAAGCAUGGCGAAUACGAGUGGGUUCAUAAGCGACAUGAAAUGGACAGCAACAGAAGAAAAUUCCACCUAUAAACAGCCUUUUCAUCGUUUGUUUAGAACUACAGAUCUAUACGGUAGAUUCCUCUUGUGUAGCGCCUACUGGUGGCACUGGGAACAAAACGCUAGAAGAGAGAAUAUUUUUUUAUUUCACUGGUGGAUGGAAUAGGAUUACGUGUUCCAUCCAGAAUGAAACCUUCUGCUUUGCGGAAUCAUUUGUACACAGCCCAAUGACAACUGCAAAUCCCGGGAUUUUUAGGCUUCCACCUCGGAAGGUUCUCCAGUUCCUGUUUUAUUACAAAGCAGUGUUAAUGUGACACUUCCUGUUGGUAAAUCAUAUAUUUAGUCAUUGAAAAUCUCAGGCUGGGUUCACAUCACGUUUUCUCCCAUACGGGAGCGCAUACGGCAGGGGGGGAGGGUGAAACCUCGUGCUCCCGUAUGCCUUUCUAUGCGCUCCCGUAUGUAA